AGGUCCUCAAUGGUGCAUUGGGAGGGGUCGAGAGAUGCAGUGUCGAAGUCGUCAUCGAAGGUGGGUUGAGUGGCGUCGUUAUGGAAAAUGAGGGGGCGGGGGGGAGCGGGCGCGGACUGGUGAUGGGGAUGGAGGAGUCGAUCGUGGUGAAGCAUGCGAGAGAGGAGGUCAGCAAGGGGCAUGUCGGGUUCGUGCGCGAGGGCGGUUGCAAGAUCUUUGUGGCAUACUCGCGUGAUGUGGGAGAUGAACGCAAAGUCGGGAAUGACGGUGGUGGGGAGGUGAUGGCGGAGGGAGCGGAUGUAUUGGACGAAGCAGUCCAUGGGACUGGUCUGGCGGAGGUGACAGAAUUGUUCGAGGUAGUCAUCAAUGGUUUUCUGGGGGCGGAAGGUGGCAGUGAGAAGUUUGGCCCAUUGGAGGAAGGAGUGACGUGGUCCUCCGGAGGCUCGGCGGUUGCUGACUUCAGCCAUCCACCAUUUCGCAGGAUUGCCGAGGAGGCGGGAGGUGGCAAUGGGGGGCUAGUGGGCAAGGGGCAUGUGGUGGAGGUGAAAAGAGUUUUGGAGCUGGUGGUGGAGGUUGAAGGGUUGGUGGAUGUGGUGGUAGAGGUGGUAGGAGUGGAGGAGGUCGGCGGGGGGGUGUUGCUGGAGGCGGCUGCGGAGGAGGGAGUGGUUUGCGCUGUGGAGGAUGGAGUGGUUUGCGCUGUGGAAGAGGGAGUGGUUUGCGCUGUGGAGGACGGAGGUGGAGUCGUGGUGACGACCGUGAUAAAGGGGAUGGUCCCUUCGAUCGUGGUGACACGGUCACAUAUGGAUGACAUGUUGGCCUUUAUGUCGUCGAGAGAGGCGGUGACUGAGGUUCGGAGGGUCUUGAGUGCGUGGAGGAUGGCGGAGAGGUCGGGGGUGGUGGUGCUUGCUGGUGAUUGUUCGCCUGCGAGGUUGCGGGGGAUGCUAUCGACCGAGUCGGUGCGGAUGUCCGACAUGUUGAUGGAGGAUGCGGUCAUGUCGGGGGAAGAGGGGGUGGAGGACGCGGCCGGAACGGAUGUGGAGGAUACCGCAGCAGCAGUGGCAGCGGCAGCAGCGGCGGCGGCGGCGGCGGCGCGUUGGGAGUUCUUGGUUUGGCGUGGUGGCAUGUGGGGAUGGGGGGGACAAUUCCUACUUACAAGAAUAAAGCGUAAACUAAUUUGAAUUUAUUCGAAACAGAUUUGCGAGUGUAUUUUUCAAGAAAAUACGAAAGCAAAAUUUUCAGGAAUUUCCAAAUGAAGAAAAAGAAUAAUUCAUUCCGAGAAAAAUGAAUACCGACGAAAUUUAUUCGGAUCUACGUCCGGGGUAAAAUUUUAUAAUUUCGAAAAGGGGUGAUUAAUUCCGAGUAAAAGAGAUUAAUUCGG